AUGAACGAAACAUUGAAGCUACUGAUUUUAUGUGCAUGGGCUUGUUCAUUCGCUGCACCGAGAUGUACCGCAAGAGCCGAUCCUCCAUUAGCAACAAACGAGGACCCCAAAUUUACUACUGAAGGUGCCAGUUCAGAAAGUUACAACCAGUUCAUUGAAGUUCUUCGAGACCGUCUAAGAGGUGGGCAGAUACAUGAGAUACCUGUCCUUAGAGAUCCAACAACAGUGCAAGAUAGAAAUCGAUAUGUAACAAUCGAACUCUCAAACUCGGCGACGGAAUCUAUCCAAAUAGGUAUCGAUCUGACUAAUGCAUACGUUGUAGCAUACCAAGCAGGAAGUCGGUCUUAUUUCUUCCGUGAUGCCCCGCAAUCUGCAUUUAACAACCUUUUCAAUCACACGGAGCAGUUCACACUUCCUUUUACUGGUGCUUACGGUGAUCUAGAGAGGACGGCUCGUCGGUCUAGAGAGCAAAUAACACUAGGGUUACAGCCCUUGAUACAUACGAUAUCGUUUCUACGUAGUGAGCGCGAUGACAAUCAAGAAAGAGCUCAGUCCAUGAUCGUGAUAAUCCAAAUGGUUGCAGAAGCAGCUCGAUUUGAGUACAUAUCACGCCGGGUUCGUGUCAGCAUCCGAACUGGUAACACGUUUCUGCCUGAUUCUCCCAUGUUAAGUUUGGAGAACAAUUGGAGUGGUCUAUCAAGAGGUGUUCAACAAUCAGUGCAAGGAACUUUUCCAAAUAAUGUCGUGUUAACAAAUCAUCGUAGCGAACCUGUUAUUGUAGAUUCCGUGGCCAGUGUUGUUCCCAUUCUAGCACUGAUGCUUUUUGUCUGCAAUCCAAUUGCAAACCAAUCACCUCUAGUAAUAAGAUCAAUUGUGGAAAGAUCAGAGACCUGCAAUUCCUUUGAACCAACCGUACACAUUGCUGGUCGAGAUGGGAUGUGCGUGGAUGUGUCUGACAAUGCCUAUAACGACGGCAAUUCUAUCAUAAUGUGGAAAUGCACAGACCAAGAGAACCAGCUGUGGACCUUGAAACAAGACAAGACGAUAAGGUCCAAGGGGAAGUGUUUAACUACAUACGGUUAUGCUCCAGGGAACUACGUCAUGAUAUAUGAUUGUACCUCGGCAGUAGCGGAGGCCACUUAUUGGGAGAUAUGGGAAAAUGGAACGAUUAUCAAUCCAAAGUCUGCCUUGGUCUUGAGUGCUGAAUCUAGUGCCAUGGGAGGGACACUAUCUGUGCAAAAAAAUGAAUAUCGAAUGCGACAGGGCUGGCGCACAGGCACUGACCCAAGCCCUUUUGUAACAUCAAUUGCUGGGUAUUUGGAUCUCUGCAUGGAAGCUCACGGAAAUAACAUGUGGCUGGCUGACUGUGAUAGAAAUAAGGAGGAGCAGCAAUGGUCACUUUACCCAGAUGGUUCUAUACGUCCUGUGCAAAAUGAAAACAACUGUUUAACUUCCCAGGAACACAAAGAAGGAGCAAUCAUUGUCAUGAUGGCUUGUAGCAAUGCAUGGGCUAGCCAACGAUGGGUGUUUCAAAAUGAUGGUACCAUUUAUAGUUUAUACGACGAAAUGGUGAUGGAUGUGAAAAACUCUGAUCCAAGUCUUAAACAGAUAAUACUUUGGUCAUGGACUGGUAACCCUAACCAAAAAUGGGUUACUUUGUUUUAG